AUCCUGUGAGUCUUUAAGUUUGGCAUGUCAGAAUCGUCCACUAUGUGAAAUUUUGGUAGGAGUCGACAAACCUAAAAUUUGCCAACUUUCCUGCGAAUAUGAACAACCACAGAAAAUCCCGAAGAACUGUCAAGACGUUAUGAAGAAUGAUUCUUCAAAAAGUGGAACUUAUCUAAUAAAACCAAAUGCAGCAUCUGAGCCAUUUUGGGUUUUAUGUGAUUUGAAAUUGGAUGGAGGCGGCUGGACACAUAUUCAAAAACGAUAUGAUGGUUCACAAGAUUUUGAUUUGGGUUGGCGUGAAUAUAAGUUUGGUUUCGGAACUUUACUAGGAGAGUUUUGGAUUGGACUUGAGAAUAUACAUGCAUUAACAGGUUCUGAAGUUAACGAAUUGUUAAUAGAAAUCACCGGAAAAGAUGGAAAAACUGUUUAUGCUAACUACAAAACAUUCAAAGUUGAUGGAGAAGAUAAUGGAUAUCGACUAUCUGAACUUAAACAUUACGUCGGUAGUGCUGGAGACUCCUUAUCUUUUCAUCUGGAGAGCGUAUUCAGAACUAAAGAUAAUAUAUUCCAUCCCGAAAAGAAUUAUAAUUGGCCAGAAAAGUGCAAGGGUGGUUGGUGGUACAAAAAUGGCUUCCAUAGUAGCUUAAACGGUGCCUUCCUGAAUAACACUUUCAUUCCUAAGAAAAAUGAAGGAUUGUACUGGAGAACAUUCAAAGAUGAUCGAUAUGAUCAUCCCAAAACGAGGAUGAUGAUCCGACCUGCUAAUGACUUCUGGUACGAGCAAAGAAAACAGAGAUUGGGAGAUAUUUCACUUGAAAAUUAACAUAAAAUGAGUUGUUUCGCUGAAGAACGUCUUUCUAAUGUAUUUCUUGAGGCUUCUCUACUGGCUGCAUCAAAUUUAAUAUGUAAACUGUUUACAACUGUAUUCCACAAAUAAACGUUUCCCAGAUCUACACAUCCAUA